CCCGAGCUGCGGGAUGGUGGCGGCGGGGGGGGACGCGGCGGAGGAGCUGGCGAUGGCUCAGAGAGCCGGACCGGGCGCCGUGUAACGGGAGAGGGCCCUGAGACACGCGGGGAGAAGGCAGAGCGGAUCGCGGGCGCAGCGCCGGGUGUUCCCCCGCACCAGGAGCCCCCUCUGCGACCGCCCCCCUCCCUCCCUCCCUCCCCCGCCCCAAAUCGCCUCCGAGAGUAUCAAGGAAGGAUGAAAAAAAAUAAUUCUGCAAAAAGGGGGCACCAGGAUGGAAACCAGCAACCUGUGCAGCCGGAGAAGGUCGGCUGGGUGCGGAAAUUUUGCGGGAAAGGCAUUUUUAGGGAAAUCUGGAAAAACCGUUAUGUGGUUCUGAAGGGAGAUCAGCUUUACAUCUCGGAGAAGGAGGUAAAAGAUGAAAAAAACAUCCAGGAAAUGUUUGACCUGAGCGACUAUGAGAAAUGUGAAGAGCUCCGGAAGUCCAAAAGUAGAAGCAAAAAGAACCACAGCAAAUUUACCCUCUCGCACUCCAGGCAGCCUGGAAACACGGCACCAAAUCUGAUCUUCCUGGCUGUGAGUCCAGAAGAGAAAGAGUCCUGGAUUAACGCCCUCAACUCUGCGAUCACACGCGCUAAAAACCGGAUCUUGGACGAGGUCACCGUUGAAGAGGACAGUUUCCUUGCCCAUCCGACGCGUGACAGAGCCAAGAUCCAGCACUCCCGGCGCCCUCCCACGCGGGGUCACCUCAUGGCUGUGGCAUCUACCUCAACCUCCGACGGAAUGCUGACCCUUGACCUGAUCCAGGAGGAAGACGCCUCUCCGGAGGAGCACGGCACCUGCGAGGAGAGUUUCCGGGUGGAUCUGGACAAGUCCGUGGCACACCUCACUGCCGGGCGGCGCCGCUCGGACUCGGAGAACACCAAGUCGUCGGAGAAAGGGCGGACGGGGAGCCUCCCGCGACAGGAGGUGACCUCGUGGGACAGAGCUGGGCAGCGCAAGGACUCCUUUGACAAAGGGACCAUGUACACGCCGCAGGUCCCCAAAAAGCUCUCGCACUCAGAAAAGAAUAAAUGUGCCUCCAUGGAAGAAAUCCUGUCCCGACGGGACUCUUCCACGCACCGGGCUGUGCUGAGGAAGGGGCUGGAGGCUCAUUUUGCCUCGGCAGAGCCGGAGCAGCUGUCCCGGAUACAGGAACUGGUUGCACUGAAACUGGAAAAAACUCAGGAACUGCUGACGGAGGUGAAGGGCUACGGGGAAGGCAAGAGAAAGACCAAGGACUCCAACACCAGCACCACCAUCACCACCACAUCUUCUUCCUCAUCAUCUUCCAAGUCGGACUCUGAAAGGAUUCUGCAGGAAUCUGAGAGGCUGCUGGGGGAGGCUUCCUCCACCUGGAGCCAAGCCAAGAGGGUGCUGCAGGAGAUCAAAGAGCUGAGGGACCUGUACAAACAGUUUGAGCUGCAGCAGUCAGACUCGAAGCCCAAACAGAGCUCACAGUCGCAGUUUAGGAAGAGCAUGAUGUGAAGGCAAGCCUUGGGAUGGGAGGGAGGGACCGGGGAGGGCGGCCAUCUGGUCUUUUUUUUUGGUUUUGGGUUUUUUUUUGUUUUUUUUAAUUAUUAUUAUUAUUUGCAGUGUUCAAAAGAGUGAAAAGGUGCCUGUUCUCACCCAAAAUUUGCUUCUCAAAGCUUGGACCCUUCCUUUUCUCCAUCGCAUCCCCUGAUGAAUCAACCCAGCGUUCCAAUAAAUCAGUUGCAGUUUAUACCUCCUCUGUAAGAGCUCCCUUUGCACUGCAGGCCCCAGCUCCUGUCAUGCCCCAAGGACAGGAGUCAGCACUGGUCACUGGUUCCCAGGAACUGCCUGGAGCAUCCCAUGGGGUGUAGCUGGAUGAGCCCUGGCAUUGCUGCUCUCAUGUCUGGGCUGUGCCCCAAAUUACAUUUCUUUCACUGGGACACUUGCCCUGUUCCCUCUCAGAAAUAAAUGACAUUAAAAGGUAAAAAAAGGUGUCCAUCCCCACCACUGGCUGGAAGUCCCCAUUAUCCAGGAACUCUCCUGAAGAUGUGGGAAGUCCAGGCUGGUCUCCAGUGUUACACAGGCCAUUGAGGCAUUUGCUGGGUGCAGUUUGCAGAGCUCUGUCCUGGCACAGUCCCCAUGAAAGCUUAGGGGUUAGCAGCUGUUAUUUUGGGGUGCCCCUCCGGAAGGGCAGCAGCAACAUGAUCCAUAUCCACCCUGAUCCUGUCAGGCUAUGAAUGCUUCCCAGACCCCCCUGUCCCCGAGCAGUGGGAGGUGGCAGCAAUGUGUCUUCCCUUCUGUGCAACCAGAGGAUCAAAGCCUUGGAUUUGACAGCCCACACAGGCAGUUGAAGGGGGUUGGACUUUUCCAUUCUCAUUUCUCUCUCUUUUUUUUUUUUUUUUUUUUUUUUUUUUAACCUUUUCUUUGAGCUGAAAAAUCAGGGGGUGUGUGCAGGAGCCAGACACCACAAGCCAGUGGCAGUUUUGGUAGGUUUGCCUUGCUCUCUCAGGUGUCACAGUCAGACAGCAGCAGGCUCUGCUUGGGCUGCCCAAGAUGUGAAUCAGCCCUGCUGGAAUGAAAGCUGAGCCCGGAGCAGAGCUCAGAUCCUCGGCUCAAGGGCUGGUUCAGCUUUCACACCCACGAGCAGGACGUGGCUGUGUCUCACAAGUUCACUCAUGGUAACAUCCAACUCUGUUCCUUGUUUUUUAAAAGGAAACCUAAUUCCCUUACCUACAUGGCAAAUCGUCCACAAAAAUAUUAAACCCACAGAGUUACUUCCUGGUUGUGCUUGGUGUUUUCUCUUU